GAACGCAGCGCCUGCACAGACAAAACCCCCGAAUGACUGGAGAGCGUUCAACUGUUAGCAGCCUUUUUGGGAAGAGCACGGAUUUGACAGCUCCGUGUCGUUAGGCUAUCUGCUGACCUGCAGAUACCGAGACCGAGGAGCACCCUUCUCCCAAGACUCCUAGCAAAGCAAAGGCGCCGUUAAGGUUGCAACUUUCCAACAUUCCCCCCUUUUGAUUUCUGGUCGGAAGACUGCUUGCUGUUGGUGUAGAACGCGAGGGUGAACUCUAUAUUGAAGAUCGGUGGAAAGUAUCGAUAAGAGACAACAGGUUCCAAAUGUCACCCAGACGUGUAUCUUCGUGAUGACUCGAUUAUUCUGAUCUUAUAUUUCUCUUUUAAAACAUAUAAAGUGCUUUUGGAAGGCAUGGUGAAAGGUAACUGAAGACUGAAAAGGGAAAAACUCAAGUUGACAUGGCUGAAGGAGAGAAUGAAGUGAGAUGGGAUGGACUGUGCAGUAGAGAUUCAAGUACCAGAGAGACAGAACUGGAAAAAAUUAGGCAGAUCGUUUUGAGGAAAACAGAGUAUCUUCGUUCAGUGAAAGAGACACCUUAUCGUCCAUCAGACGGGUUUUCAAAUGCUGUUUCUUUGGAUGGCUUGAAUAAGCUGCUUGUUCAUCUGCUAAUGCUUUCUAAGAGGUGUCCCUUUAAAGAUGUAAGAGAGAAAAGUGAAUUUAUUCUGCAGAGCGUCCAAGAACUUGGAAUUAGAAUUCCUCGACCACUGGGGCACGGACCAAGCAGAUUCAUCCCAGAAAAGGAGAUUCUCCAAGUGGGGAGUGAAGACGCACAGAUGCAUGCUUUAUUUGCCGAUUCAUUUACUGCUUUGGGUCGACUGGAUAACAUUACAUUAGUGAUGGUUUUUCACCCACAAUAUUUAGAAAGUUUCUUAAAAACUCAACACUAUCUAUUGCAAAUGGAUGGGCCAUUACCUCUUCAUUAUCGGCACUACAUUGGAAUAAUGGCUGCAGCAAGACACCAGUGCUCCUACUUAGUGAACCUCCAUGUAAAUGAUUUUCUUCAUGUUGGUGGAGAUCCCAAGUGGCUCAAUGGCUUAGAGAAUGCUCCUCAAAAGCUGCAAAAUUUAGGAGAACUUAACAAAGUGUUAGCCCAUAGACCUUGGCUUAUUACCAAAGAACAUAUUGAGGGACUUUUGAAGGCUGAAGAGCACAGCUGGUCACUUGCAGAACUGGUCCAUGCAGUAGUUCUACUCACGCACUAUCAUUCUCUUGCCUCAUUCACCUUUGGCUGUGGAAUUAGUCCAGAAAUCCAUUGCGAUGGUGGCCACACAUUCAGACCUCCUUCUGUUAGUAACUACUGCAUCUGUGACAUUACAAAUGGCAAUCAUAACACAGAUGAAAUGCAAGUCAACUCAGCAGGAAAUGUUUCAGUAAGUGAUUCUUUUUUUGAAGUUGAAGCCCUGAUGGAAAAGAUGAAGCAAUUACAGGAAUGUCGGGAUGAAGAAGAAGCAAGUCAGGAAGAGAUGGCUUCUCGUUUUGAGAUAGAGAAAAGAGAAAGUAUGUGCGUCUUCUCUUCAGAUGAUGAAGAAGUUACACCAGCAAGAGAUGUAUCUCGUCAUUUUGAGGAUACUAGUUACGGCUAUAAGGAUUUCUCUAGACAUGGAAUGCAUGUUCCAACAUUUCGUGUCCAGGAUUAUUGCUGGGAAGACCAUGGUUAUUCUUUGGUAAAUCGCCUUUAUCCAGAUGUGGGACAGUUGAUUGAUGAAAAAUUUCAUAUUGCUUACAAUCUUACUUAUAACACCAUGGCAAUGCACAAAGAUGUUGAUACCUCAAUGUUAAGACGUGCUAUUUGGAACUAUAUUCACUGCAUGUUUGGAAUAAGGUAUGAUGAUUAUGACUAUGGUGAAAUUAACCAGCUACUGGACCGUAGUUUUAAAGUUUAUAUCAAAACUGUUGUUUGCACUCCUGAAAAGGUUACCAAACGAAUGUAUGAUAGCUUCUGGAGGCAAUUCAAGCACUCUGAGAAGGUUCAUGUUAAUCUGCUUCUUAUAGAAGCUAGGAUGCAAGCAGAACUCCUGUACGCUCUGAGAGCCAUUACCCGCUAUAUGACCUGAUACCUUUUCUCCAUUGAAGAUGAUGGAAUGAUCAGCAGAUAAGAGUCUACAAGGGAAAGGACCCCAGGACCAAUGGUAGAUAAAAGAAUUCAGAAUCCAUUGUGCCAUGAUUCCUUUAGUUUCUGCUAUUUUACUGUGGAGAUGCCACUGCUGGCACGAGCAGUGAACGCUUGGCAGCUUCAGGGUUAGAGCUGUGAAGAAGGCUGCCAUUCACAGUAUUUUGCUUUUGACAGUACAAGAUGCUGUAUAACAUUUUUAAUACAGCAAAUAGUAACUCUCCAAAUCCUGUUGCUUUUUAUGUUAAAUAAGAUAACAAGAAUUGGAGCAUGCAAAGAAUGGGAGUUGGAUAAUGACUUAAGCUUUAUACAUAAAGAUUUUUAGAAGAUCUUGGUGCUGCUAUUCCUGCCGGUGGAAUGAAUAGAAUGGCUGUUCCAAUUAAGCUAUUAGUAAUAAAAGUGAACACUGCUACUCUCUGAGCCUACAUACAUAAUUAGUGUGGUUUCAAAUUAAACUUGCCUAUGUGUUAUUUUUUUGCAUCUAAAAAAGUAUAGAAAUAUUACUCACAGCUCAGCAAAAACCAUUUUGAUGGUAACAACAGUUCUUUUCUUUCACUAUAGAUUUUUUUUUUAAUUCAGAGCUAUUGGAUGGCAUUAAGUUGCCAUGAUAUUUUUCAAGAUUUUCUUUAAGGAGCAAUCUUAAAUGAAAGCCUGUAAAUUAUAAGAAAAGCUAGCUAUGUUUUGAUAUACUGUUUCCCAAGAUUCUCUGACACUGGAGGACAGCUGUCUUGUGCAGUAUUUUUGUUUCCAGCACCAAAAUUGUGGAACUGUUUCUGUAGACUGCUGCGCAGUCCUAGGUGCAUUUGAGCCCUCUGUUCUGCCCACCUCCGUGGUUCCCACUUUAAAGAUUGUACAGCUCCUUAGGGAAUAAUAAAGCUGGAAAAUAUUUUUUAGUUGGGUUAUUAAAUUGGAUUUCAAAAAAAAACGCUAAUGUGUUUGAAAUGCAAGAAUGUUUGGAAAAAUGUAUUAAGAACUUUGUAUUCUGAAAGUGUGAGUUGCUUUUGAAGUCUGUCAGUAUUAUUGGUAUUUUUCAAUAAAGAAUAAUUUUUCUCCAUUU